AUUCCUUAAUAAUCCCUACCAAUUUAGUUAAUAGCUUAGUAAUCCUUUUAUUUUAAAUAUAUCCCCAUUCCCCCAUUCACGUUCUUCUUCAUAAACAAGAAAUCGUUCUUCCUUUCCUUUCGUCGGCGGCAACAGCGAACUAAUCGACGUGGUGCGGUGGUGGAUCUCCGGUAGCCCAGCCCGCUUCUCCAACCAGCACGCUGAUGUCGUUUUCCUCUUCUCCUUGUGUCCUUGUUGAUUUGGAAACUUCACCCUCGGUUGUUUUCAUUAAAGAUCUUGAAUUGACAAAAGUCCCAAAGACUUCUUCUGAUCAAGUCAUGCUGAAUGAGGAUGAAGAUGCAAAAGUGGAAGGCACUGGUUCAGGCUUCAUUUGGGAUAAAUUUGGUCACAUAGUCACCAAUUACCAUGUUGUUGCUAAACUGGCUACUGAUACAAGUGGUUUACAACGUUGUAAGGUGUUCCUAGCUGAUACCAAAGGAAAUAGCUUUUACAGGGAAGGGAAAAUAAUUGGGUUUGAUCCAACAUAUGAUCUAGCUGUCCUCAAGGUAAAGUGGUUAACAUUGAAGAGAACAUGGACUAAGAUGCCACUUUUGCAUAGGACAAAAUUGUUGUGCUGGAAUAUUGUCUAAUCGCAUUGCCCUUCCUUCUCUAGAGAAGAUGGAUUAAGAUAUUGAAGCAUGUUACUUGUCACUUGAAGCAUCCGGAACUCGUAAGAGCUACACUCAUAACUUGGCCCUUGUUUAGUGGGACUAGACUGGAUUGCGGAUCACUAUGGGGUUCCUGCUGUUGAAGAAUGGAGAAUGCAAAUGUACAAUGUCGUGUCUAAGAACAAGCUCGUGCAGUGGGACUACACUACAGUAGUAUUGCAGUGGGACUACACUACAAUAACUGGAUUGCGGAUCAGUGUGGGGUUCUUGCUAUUGAAGAAUGGAGAAAGCAAAUGUGCAAUGUCGUGUCUAAGAACAAGCUCAUGCAACCCAAUCUAUUUUUUCUUCUCUUUGUAUAUGGGUUAUAGCACCCCUUAUGGUAUCUUAUAUACAUGUUUUUAGCCUUCAAAAAAAAAACUUGGCCCUUCCUUGAAAACAAGUGUAGAUUUUAUUUGUGUGUCAUAGCCUGUAUUGUGGCCUUUGUGCACAAUGUACUUCAUCUUUCUAUCAAGUCUCAAAUUAUAUUCAAUGAAUAAAGCUUAUGCACCUUUGAUUAA